AUGGCUCCGCCUUUAAACAGGGCUUCGCGCCCUUCCGGCCAAGAGGCCGUCACGACGUCCAUCUUGCUUGGCAACCUCCACUGCCCUUCCUGUGUUUCCACCAUCCGCGAGGUCUUACAAGAGGCCUGUGCAGACCACAUCCGGUGGGUGUCGCCUAACAUCGUCACGUCCGUGGUCACCGUGGAACACGACGCCGACACGUCCCUUCGUGAUAUGGUCACUGCCCUGGCCGAUGCUGGUUUCGACAUCUGCGGUGUAACGUCUUCCUCCGGCGACGAUAUCGUGGAUCUCGACUUGAGCGCACCGUCUGCCCAAGCUCUGACAGCUGACCCCGGCAUACCUAGCAGACCUGGUCCUGCAGGCGCACAAUCGGGCGGUGCCCACGACAACGACGGCGACGAGAACGGCGAACACGAAGACAAAGGCAAAGGGACGGAACACGAUAUAACACCAGCCAUGCCUUCCUCGCCCAAGGACGCAGCAGAUGCCUCUUCUUCUGCCUGGGGCCUAACACCUCUUGUUCGUUGGCUGAGCGGCCCGCGCGUGGAACCUCGCAGAAGCUUUGCUACCACAAGCAGACUUGCCCAAGCACACCUCAGCAACUGUGAACAGUGCCGCCAGCUCCAAAGUGCCGGCAUAUCACCUCUUCCCUUGCACAAGACCGAAGUCGGUCCGUCUAAAUCCAAACUGGGCGAAGCAGCUGUCUCAGAAGGAAGCAGUAGCAGCAACACCAACAACAACAACAAAAACAACAACAACAACACGCCAUCCACAUCCAGCUCCCAGACCACCGCCGUGUCCAACCAGACUGACACGGCCGCCGACAUGGACAAAUCGUUUGUCACUGUGGAGCACGAAGACGCCCCCACCAACCGGCCGAUAUGGAGGGCGAGUCUAGCUGUGGGUGGCAUGACGUGCGCCGUCUGUGUCAAUGCCAUCACGGAUGAUCUCAAGAAGAAGGACUGGAUCACCAAGGUCACUGUCAACCUCAUCUCCAACAGUGCGACCGUCGAGUUCGACGACAAGGACAAGGAGUCCAAGAUCGUUGAGGCCAUUGAGGACCUUGGCUACGACGCCGCCAUCGACUCCAUGGUCCGCGUCGACCCACCCAAGCCGAAGACGGCACUGCAGCAGGCCAACGGUGUCGGCGGCGACGGUGCCGACCCGGAGCAGCCCGAGCGGACCGUCGAAGUCCGCAUUGAUGGCCUGUACUGCGAGCACUGCCCAGACCGCAUCGCCCGCAGCCUGGCGGGCUUCCGCCGGCCCUCCCUGGAAAUCAUCACCAAACCCACGCCGCAACGCCCCAUCAUCAAGCUCAAGUACGUCCCCGAGGCGCCCAACUUCACCAUCCGCCACAUCUUGGCCGCCAUCGAGGCCAGUGACAGCGAGCUCUCCGCAUCCAUCUACCACCCGCCCACACUCGAGGAGCGGUCCAAGAUGAUCCAGGCCAAGCACCAGCGCCAGAUCAUGUACCGCGUCAUCUUCACGGGCCUCGUCUGCAUCCCCACCUUUGUCAUUGGCAUCGUGUACAUGUCGCUGCUGCCGUCCACCAACAACGGCCGCAUGUACAUGAUGGCGCCUUGGGCGUCCGGCAUCAGCCGCUCGCAGAUCGCCCUGUUCAUCCUGGCCACACCGGUCUACUUUUUCUGCGCGGACAUUUUCCAUGUCCGCGCCUUCAAGGAAGUCCGCGCGCUCUGGCGCCGCAACAGCCGCACGCCGUUCCUCCAGCGCUUCUACCGCUUUGGCAGCAUGAACACGCUUAUGAGCCUGGGCACGACCAUUGCGUAUGUCAGCAGCGUCAGUCAGAUGAUUGCGGCGGCGGCCCACGAGGCAGCCGAGAUCAGCGACGCCAACUUUUACUUUGACUCGGUCGUCUUCUUGUCCUUUUUCCUGCUGUGCGGCCGCCUCAUCGAGUCAUACAGCAAGUCGCGCACUGGUGAUGCCGUCGAGAUGCUCGGUCGCCUGCGCCCGACCACUGCCAUCUUGGUCGAAGAGAGCGUGGCGGCCUCACUCGAGGAAAAGGACGUCAUCGAGAGCAUCGAGACCGUCCAGUCGAUUGCGUCAUCCACCGAACACGACGCGGCCCCCGGGACGCCGACGCUACGCAGUGCGCCUGACGCUGCCAACAAGUCCGGCCGCAUCGUGCAGGCCGAUCUGCUGGACUUUGGCGAUGUCGUGCGCAUUCUGCACGGUGCCUCUCCGCCUGCCGAUGGCGUCAUCGUGCAGGGCCGUUCCAACUUUGACGAGUCGAGCCUGACGGGCGAGUCGCGGCUGGUCCCCAAGACAGUCGGCGACGAGGUGUUUUCGGGCACCGUCAACAAGGACGCACCGGUCCUGGUGCGCGUGACGGGUGCAUCCGGCACCUCCAUGCUCGACCAAAUUGUGGCCGUCGUGCGCGAGGGCCAAACCAAGCGCGCGCCCAUGGAGCAGAUUGCCGAUCUCUUGACGACCUACUUUGUGCCCGUGGUGACGCUCGUGGCCAUCUCGACCUGGGUCAUCUGGCUGAGCCUGGGGCUGUCGGGCAGCAUCCCCGGCCACUUCUUGGACGUCAGCUCGGGCGGCUGGGUCGCGUUUUCGCUUCAGUUUGCCAUUGCCGUCUUUGUCGUGGCCUGUCCCUGCGGUCUCGGACUCGCGGCACCCACGGCCAUCUUUGUGGCGGGCGGCAUGGCCGCCAAGUACGGCAUCCUCGCCAAGGGCGGCGGCGAGGCGUUUGAAAAGGCCAGCCGCAUCGACUGCGUCGUCUUUGACAAGACGGGCACGCUGACCAUGGGCGGCGAGCCGACGGUGACGGACUCGGUCGUGUUCACCAACGGCGGCGGCGAUGCGGACGACGGUCAAGAUCAAGACAGCGCCAUGGCCAAGGACAAGACGUCGGACCUGCUCGCAGCACUCCAGGCUGUCGAGGAGAACAGCGGCCACCCCAUCGCCAAGGCCAUUGUGACGUUCUGCGAGGCCAGCACACACGCGACGGGUCCCGGCGGCCGCGUCGACGACCUGCAGGAGAUGCCCGGCCGCGGCAUGCGCGCAGUCUUCCACAGUCGGGCCGGUACGGAGCGCUCGUUUGAGAUAAUGAUCGGCAACGAGGCGUUGAUGAAGGACUUUUCGGUGACCGUGUCGGACCGUGUUGUGGCGCGGCUGCAGCAGUGGAAGACCGAGGCCAAGUCUGUCGCCCUGGCUGCUACCCGGUCUCUUGGUGCUGGUGCUGGUGCUGGUCAACCGUGGACGCUGGCUGCGGCGCUCUCCAUUGCCGACCCUGUGCGGCCCGAGGCGGCGGCCAUUGUCAAGACGCUCCAGUCCCGUGGCGUCCUUGUCUACAUGCUGAGCGGCGACAAUGCCGUGACAGCAGCGGCUGUCGCACGGCAGAUCGGCAUCCCGGCCGACCAGGUCAUUGCCGAGGUGCUGCCGACCGAAAAGGCAGCCAAGGUCCAGUACCUGCAGGCGUCUCUGCCAUCCCACACGUCCCGGUUUGGCCGGGUCGCGAAGCCCACGACUGUCGCCGACGCAACACCGUCUCACGCGCCCGACGCGCCGUCGCCCUCCGACGCUGCAGCGAACGGCGGCCGCCGUGCGGUCGUGGCCAUGGUCGGCGACGGCAUCAACGACUCGCCGGCGCUCACGCAGGCCGACGUGGGCAUUGCCGUGGGGUCGGGCUCUGAUGUUGCCAUCUCCAGCGCCGACUUUGUCCUCGUGCAGUCCAAUCUGCAGGCCGUCGUCACCCUCUUGGAGCUCAGCCGCGUCGUGUUUCGGCGGAUUGCCUUCAACUUUGGCUGGGCGCUCGUCUACAACGUCGUGGCGGUGCCCAUUGCGGCCGGCGUGCUGUACCCCAUCCGCACGGCCACCACCAACCACGUGCGCCUCGACCCUGUGUGGGCCUCGCUGGCCAUGGCGCUCAGUUCCAUCUCGGUCGUGAUGUCGUCGCUGGCGCUGCGCAGCCGCAUUCCCGGCCUGGGCUUCCGGCCGACCGUCGUCAAGACGCCCGCCACGUCGACCUGA